AUGGACUCAGAGGUUGAGCGCAAGCUGUACGCGAUGCUGAUCACCAGCUACUGCGUCGAUUCCAGCGUCCCCAUCUCGCCGGCUUGUCCUUCGCCGACGCCCGCCGUGGCACACUACCACGGCCCGCUCAUCGCACCCGUGGCCGACCGCAGCGUCGUCUUCCCGCCGCUCUACUCCCGGUUCUGCGCCGACCUCCGACACACGGACUCCAUUCUUCAACGCUCUCCCGCCGGCAACGACACCAGUGCGGGCAUUCACACGUCGCCACUGCUCUCCGAUGGCAACUAG